ACCUGGGACCCUUCAGUCCGCAGGCCGACGCUCUAUCCACUGAGCCAAACCGGUUUCGGCUGAAGCUGCCUUCUUUCCUGCCCAGGGUCCCCCUUCUUCCGCUGCCCUGGCCGGACAGCCGAGGCUCCCCAAACCCGAGUGCGUUUGACGCUCUGGAAAUGAUUGUGUAGGAUGUCAUUCCUAAAUGAAUGUCCUCAAUUGCAGCCCCAGGGUCCUUUUACCAUCCCUGUGACCUCUUGGUGUUACCAGAGGGGGGUAGGAUGCUAAGUGGCCUUGACCGGGCUCCCCGCCACGGCCUCACACCACCUGUUGCGUCCUUGAGUCCCGGUGGUUCCUGAGCUCCGAUCCCUUCGCAGACCUGCAGCGGCGGCGGCGAUGCUGUGCGGGUCCCCGGCGGCGGCGGAGUGCGAGGACGCGGAGCUGCGGUGCCGCGUGGCGGUGGAGGAGCUGAGCCCCGGCGGGCAGCCGCGGAGGCGCCAGGCCGUGCGCGCCGCGGAGCUGCGUCUGGGCCGCAACGAGCGGCGCGAGCUGGUGCUGCGGCUGCAGGCGCCGGGGCCGGCCGGGCGGCCGCGCUGCUUCCCCCUGCGCGCCGCGCGCCUCUUCACGCGCUUCGCCGCCUCCGGCCGCAGCGCCCUGCGGCUCCCCGCCGCCGGCCCGCCCCGCGCGGGCGCCGUGCAGCUGCUGCUCUCCGACUGCGCCCCGGACCGCCUGCGCCGCUUCCUGCGCCUGCUGCGCCUCAAGCUGGCCGCGGCGCCCGGCCCCGCGCCGCCCUCCGCCCGCGCGCAGCUGCUGGGCCCGCGGCCCCGCGACUUCCUCACCGUCAGCCCGGCGCAGCCCGAGGAGCUGCGGCGCGCGGCGGCGCCCCGGGGCCCGGACCCGACGCCGGCGGAGCGGCAGGCGGAGCCGCGGGUGGGGGCCGAGCCCAGCACCGAGAGGACAGGAAAGGGGGAAGCCCCGAGGUGGCCCCUGCCUGUGAAGAAGCUGAACUUGGCCCCCGCCAAGCCACAGCUUUCUGAGGAGCAGGCCGCAGUGCUGAGGGCCGUCCUGAAAGGCCGGAGCAUUUUCUUCACGGGGAGCGCAGGGACAGGGAAGUCUUACCUGCUGAAGCGCAUCCUGGGCUCACUGCCUCCCACGGGCACGGUGACCACUGCCAGCACGGGGGUGGCAGCCUGCCACAUCGGGGGGACCACCCUCCACGCCUUUGCAGGCAUCGGCUCGGGCCAGGCGCCCCUGGCGCAGUGUGUGGCCCUGGCCCAGCGGCCAGGCGUGCGGCAGGGCUGGCUGAACUGCCAGCGGCUGGUCAUCGAUGAGAUCUCCAUGGUGGAGGCAGAGCUGUUUGACAAGCUGGAGGCCGUGGCCAGGACUGUCCGGCAGCAGGAUAAGCCGUUCGGAGGGAUCCAGCUCAUCAUCUGUGGGGACUUCCUGCAGCUGCCGCCUGUCACCAAGGGCUUCCAGCCCCCGCAGUUCUGCUUCCAGGCCAAGAGCUGGAGGAGGUGUGUCUCAGUGACCCUGGAGCUGACCAAGGUGUGGAGGCAGGCAGACCAGACCUUCGUCUCCCUGCUGCAGGCUGUGCGACUGGGCAGGUGCUCAAAGGAGGUGACCCGCCAGCUCCAGGCUACGGCCACCCACAAGGUGGGGCGAGACGGAAUUGUGGCCACCAGGCUCUGCACCCACCAGGAUGAUGUGGCUGUCACCAAUGAGAAGCGGCUGCGGGACCUGCCAGGUGAGGCGCACAGCUUUGAGGCCAUGGACAGUGACCCUGAGCAAGCCCGGGCUCUGGAUGCCCAGUGUCCCGUCGGCAAGCUCCUUCAGCUGAAGCUGGGCGCCCAGGUGAUGCUGGUGAAGAACUUGGCGGUGUCCCGGGGCCUGGUGAACGGUGCCCGCGGGGUGGUAGUCGGCUUUGAGACCGAGGGGAGAGGGCUGCCCCAGGUGCACUUCCUGUGUGGCGUCACCGAGGUCAUCCGUGCGGAGCGCUGGACGGUGCAGACCACCGGGGGCCGGCUCCUCAGCCGGCAGCAGCUGCCCCUCCAGCUGGCCUGGGCCAUGUCCAUCCACAAGAGCCAGGGCAUGACCCUGGAUUGCGUGGAGAUCUCCUUGGGCCGCGUGUUUGCCAGCGGCCAGGCCUACGUGGCCCUUUCCCGGGCCCGCAGCCUGCAGGGCCUGCGUGUGCUGGAUUUUGACCCCAUGGUGGUUCGCUGUGACCCCCGUGUGCUCCGCUUCUAUGCCAGCCUGCGGCGGGACAGUGGUCUCCGUCUGGAGUCUCCCUGUGAUGAGGAAGCAGCCUCAGACCAAGAGAAUGUGGAUCCAAACCUUUGAGCCACAAAGAGAAGACAGAGGAUGGUCUCCCCCUCGUUGCUCCUGAGUGAGCGAGGACCCCAUGACAUACCAGGGGAGGAUGGUCAGUGCCCCUUCUCCCUUCGUGAGGGUCUCUCAGCCUCCUGGCACUGGUAUAGGGAUAGCCAUUUGCCAGCUGUGCCUCAGUUUCUCCCCUUGCCCUGAGUGAGCUGCUUCCAGGGUCAGGAGGAAUCUUUCUUUGCCAGGUGGGAAUGGGCCUGCGGUGGUAUCUGGUGUUAGAGAACAGGGGCUGGCCAUGGGACCCCGGUCAGGAGGGCCGCCCCCUUCGGCCAGCAGCGGGGAGAGGUGUUCCAGGAGCAGGAAUAGGCACGUGGGUCCUGAGGGACUCCGGCGGAGUACAGGCCCCGCCCGGAGAAGGGAACCUGAGGUGAUCUCACAGCCAGGCCCAGCCCAGCACCGAGAGGACCAGCGCCCUCCUGAGCCUGAAGUGGGAACGCGCACAGCAAACUGUGCGCCUGUGCCUUAAGCUGCUUUCUGGGGAAAGAAAUAGUGAGUGAGGCGAAACUGGUUUGGCUCAGUGGAUAGAGCGUCAGCCUGCAGACUGACAGUCCCAGGUUUGAUUCCG